CUUGGCACGCGCACCGCGCUGAAUAUCGCUGAAAGCUCCGGCGCGGGGAGAGCCUCGCGCUCACGCCAGUACCCCUCCGACCAGCGAUGCUGUGCUGUCUCCGGAAAUAGAAUCGGCCGACCAGGUGCGCGAGUGUGUGUGCAAAUGACUGAUAGCCCCUCCGCGGGCUUAACUUGAACAACAUGUGGAGCAAAGGAUUGACGCCAUGGAGGAUACUGUUGUGCAUGUUGUUGGUGGCGUCAGCGUGCGCCGCGACGGUGCGAGCUGACGACGAAAUACCAUCUGAGUCACAAUGCCGGCCAUACAUCGAAAAAGCUCUUAAAGAGCUCGAGUCAGGAGAUGUGGAACCAGAUUCUGGCGAAAAAAACGACAGUAGUGAAGUAAGUGUUAACGACAGAGACGAUUCUAAAGAAGUUACUUCAGCAGAAAGUGGGACGGAAAAUGAAGAUAGUGCGGAAGACGAUGCACCGUCUGUAGAAAUAGCAGAUGAGCCAUACGUGUCCCAAGCGUCCGUCGAAAAUUUACAAGCUGAAUCUGACGACAUUGACUCAGGAGAAGCGGUAGAGAACGCCGACGGCGACAGCAAUGAAGAAGAAGCUGAUGAUGCAAACAGCAAGGAACAACAGGCCGAUGAUGCAGACAGCAAGGAAGCAUCUGCUGAAGAAGAAGCGGCUGGAGAAGAGAGUCAAGAACAUGAAGACGAAGCUACAGAAGACGGUAACGACGAAAAAUCCCAAGAAGGAUCCGAAGAAGAAGACAGUAAAGAUGUAAAGGAAGAAGAAGAUAGUAAAGAAGCUGAUGAUGCUAGUCAAGAAGCAGCCGACGAUGACAAGUCUGCUGAGGCCGCAGAUUCGUCCGACGAAAACAAAGAUGAUGAUGACGAUGAUGAUAAGACAAAAGAAGAUGACGAUGGAUCUCAAGAAAAGGCUGAUGAAACUCAAGAAGAAGCAGAAAGUGAACAAGAAAACUCAGAAGAAGUAAAAGCUGACGAAUCUGAAGAAGAAAAAACUGCCGACGAAUCUGGAGAACAAGACGCAUCAGUAGAGGACAAAGAUGAAUCGAAAGAAGACAAAGACGAAACUGCUGAGGAUAAAGAUGAAACUGCAGAAGAAAAAGAUGAUUCAGGAGAAGAUAAGGAAGAGUCCGGGGAAGAAAAGGCCGAUUCUGUAGCAGAUACUGUCGAUGAUAAGGAAUCAGCAGAAGAGAAAGGUGAAUCCGAAGAAAAGGAGGCGUCUGCAGAGGAAUCUGAAGGAGGGGUAGAAGAAAAGUCACAGGAAGACGAAGAAGAAGCAGAUAAAGAUGGUAAAGAAGAAGAUGGGGACAAGUCCGAGGAGGCCGCAGAAGCAGGUGAAGAGGAAUCAGAGCCCGCAGAAGAAGCUGAGGAGGAAGAAGGAGCGCCAGAGGAAGAUUUACUAAUUACCAUUGAUAUUCCCGAAAACCUAAGAUCUCGCGAUCAUAUAACCAAAAUACUUCGAUUAGACGAGGAUGCUAGUGAAGAUGAAUUAACUGUUGAAAAAUCCGCUGACAUCGUACUCAGAGAUUUGAAGAGAUUGUACGAAAACUCCAUCAAACCCUUGGAAGUGCUUUACAAGUACAGAGAUCUGAGUAAUAGACAUUUUGGCGACCCUGAAAUAUUCUCUAAGCCUUUGGUACUCUUUAUGGGUCCCUGGAGCGGUGGCAAAUCUAGCAUCUUGAACUACUUGACUGGACUGGAGUUCACAGAGUGGUCUCUCAGAACAGGCGCGGAACCAUCCCCUGCGUACUUUAACAUCCUCAUGCACGGCAAGGAGCCAGAAGUAUUAGAUGGCACUCAGCUGGCAGCUGACUGGACAUUCUCGGGACUUCAAAAGUUCGGUCAAGGGUUGGAGGAGCGUCUGAGAGGCUUGAGAUAUCCCAGCAAAAUAUUGGAGAAGGUGAAUAUCGUAGAAAUUCCUGGAAUAUUGGAAGUAAGGAAGCAAGUGUCUCGUGUUUUCCCCUUCAACGACGCCUGCCAGUGGUUCAUCGACCGCGCCGACAUCAUCUUCUUAGUUUACGAUCCUUCUAAACUGGACGUGGGUCCCGAGACUGAAGCUAUACUCGACCAACUCAAAGGCAGGGAGUCACAGACACGCAUCGUGUUGAACAAGGCAGACACGGUGAAGCCUGAAGAGCUGAUGCGCGUACAAAGUGCGCUGAUCUGGAACAUCUCGCCACUGAUGAGCUCCGCGCAGCCGCCAGUGAUGUACACGGUGUCGCUGUGGUCGAUGCCGUACGAGGCGGGCGCGCCCGUGCGCCUGCUGCAAGCCCAGGAGAGAGAACUCCUGAGAGACUUGCGGCAAGCCAUUGAUAAGCGCAUUGAGAAUAAAAUCGCAAGCGCUAGGAGAUUCGCUGUUCGCGUGAGGAACCACGCGAAGAUGGUUGACUGUUACUUGACAACAUACUACAAUCACAAGACAAUAUUCGGCAACAGAAAGAUCAUUGCCGACGCCAUUAUUGAAAACCCUCAGAACUACCACAUCUAUGAGGGGCUCAGUACACUCACCAAUAUCUCAAGGUACGACUUGCCCGACCCCGAAACGUACCGGGACUUCUUCCGGUUGAAUCCCCUGUUCGAGUUCCAGCAGCUAUCGGCGACGUGCACGUACUUCCGGGGCUGUCCCAUCACGCGGCUCGACGUCGCCAUCGCUUACGACCUGCCCGAGCUCGUCGGCAAGUACAAGAAGAUGGUGGAGACCGCCACGCCCCAGGGCAUGCCCAAGAGUUGAUGCCUCCGCGAACGAACGAACCCCGCACUACACUAUACACCCGCUUUUUAAUUUUAGCCAAUUGGAUUGGACAUUUAUUUUGGGCACAUUUUGCAUUUCUUCAUCUAAUCGGGCAUCAAAUCACUAGUUAUUUUCGUUACAUCGCAUUUCUGUAUUUAUCUGUAAUUUAUUUUGCUUAAUACUCGCUUGUUCCUGUUUUUGAGAUGAAUGAUGUCGUAUCGUAUGUUUUAUUGUGAUUUUUCUUCGUGCGUUUAUUAGUGGUGAUGAUAGAAAACGCAAGACAACUUCCAAUCCUAAUUAUCGAGGUGUUUUUUAUACUUGUCUCAAAAAUGCAAUAAAUUACUAGUCAUUAUUGAUGAAGUUUGUUAGUUACUCUUGUAUCUAUUCUAAGGUAUGUAAAUGUAGGUAUUCCUACUACUAGGUCUAAUAAAUCCCGUACUUAAACGGUGUUUGCCGUUACUCUUUGUUAGUUAUUAAAGAGACACAAUGUGACUAUGUAUUUAAGUAAAAACAAAAUAAAAAGAAA